AGAGAGGGAGGGAGAGAGAGAGAGGGAGAGACGUUGAAAAGGUAGAAUUCGCGCUGCAUCCUGGGUAAACAGCUCCAUGGUGAUGCGGUGAGCCUGUUGUGUAGACUGGAAACCUAAAGUAAAGUAAACGGGGGAGGGACGCCUGUGAGGAGGGAUAGCGACGCGCGGGGUGGAGGGGGGCGGUGUUUGUGCUUUCAGCGAGUCACAAUGCGUCUUUCACGGUGUUGAACGGUCCCGGUGUGCACCAUGAGCCAACUUCAGCGGUCGUCUCCGAGCGGAAUGAGUCACUCUUGAGCCCCGAAAAACGAGUUCCUCUCGGCGGGAGGGAGGCAGGGAGCAGAGCAUGCAGAAGCCGAGCGCCCCGCUCCCCGUGGUCGGCUCGACUGGGAAAUGGUAGCGUACUGCAUGAGCCGCACUUGGAAGGAACAUGGUCGAGAGGAGCAGCAAAUUCUUGUUGAUCGUCGUCGGAUCCGUGUGUUUCAUGCUGAUCCUCUAUCAGUACGUGGCUCCCGGGGUGAUCAAUUUCGGCUCCCCGCACGGUUAUUUCACGGAGGAAGACGAGGGGGACAUCUUCCCCACUCCGGACCCCCACUACGUUAAGAAAUACUACUUCCCCGUCAGGGACCUGGAGAGGACGAUCGAUUUCCAAAUCAAAGGGGAGGACGUGAUCGUGUUUUUGCACAUCCAGAAGACCGGCGGGACCACCUUUGGAAGACACCUGGUCCAGAAUGUCCGUCUGGAGGUCCCCUGUGACUGCAGACCGGGCCAGAAGAAGUGUACCUGCUACCGGCCGAACCGCAAGGAGACCUGGCUCUUCUCCCGGUUCUCCACCGGCUGGAGCUGCGGCUUGCACGCCGACUGGACCGAGCUCACCAACUGUGUGCCGGGGGUCCUCAACAAGAAGGAGAACAAACAGAAGAAUCUGAGGAAGUUCUACUACAUCACUCUCUUGAGAGACCCGGUGUCUCGAUACCUCAGCGAGUGGCGCCAUGUGCAGCGGGGAGCCACGUGGAAAACCUCCCUGCACAUGUGCGAUGGACGGACCCCGACGCCCGAGGAGCUGCCCUCCUGCUACGAGGGCUCCGACUGGUCAGGGUGCACCCUGCAGCAGUUCAUGGACUGCCCCUACAACCUGGCCAACAACAGACAGGUGCGAAUGCUAGCGGACCUGAACCUGGUCGGCUGCUACAACAUGUCCACCGUUCCAGAGAAGAAGAGGGCCCAGCUUCUCCUGGAGUCGGCCAAGAAGAACCUACGAGACAUGGCCUUCUUUGGUCUGACGGAGUACCAGAGGAAAACCCAGUUCCUGUUCGAACGAACCUUCAGGCUGCGCUUCAUCAGGCCUUUCAUGCAGUACAACAGCACCAGAGCAGCCGGCGUGGACUUGGACAACGGCACGAUCCAGCGUAUAGAGGAGCUGAAUGAGCUGGACAUGGAGCUCUACGACUACGCCAGGGACCUGUUCCAGCAGCGCUACCAGUACACAAGGCAACAGGAGAGGCGGCUGCAGCGCAUCAAGAGCCACAUGCAGCAGAGCCACCAGGGCCUGGGCCUGGGCGUCAGCCUGUGGCCCUCACACGCCCGCCAGAGCUCGGUGUCCACUCUGGAGGACGGAGAGUUGGAGAGGGAGGAGCGGGCGGAGGGAGGCCGAACCGAGGAGGCGGGCAGCAGGCUCCCCACUGAGGACUACAUGAACCAGAUCAUCAACCGCUGGUAGCAGCAGAAUGAGGACACACACACAGACAUGCAUAUGUAAUGUGAAAUACACGCGCGCACACACGCACACACACACACACACACACACACACACACACACACUCACAGUGGCUCCUGCAUCGAAAUAGCCAAAUAACUGACAAAAACACGGAGAGUUGGGCCACGGGAAUGCGAGCUGCAGCGGUUGCUAUGGAGACCUGGGCUUGGUCAAUUGCAUCAGCUCACCUUAUUGAGGUUUGCCCAGUUGUUAUUAGCACCCGCUUGCCCUUUCUGCCUCGCUGCCCCUCAGAGUUUCUCGGUCUCUCUCGUCAUCAUUACUGACUGGUGUAGUGAGAGAUGUUUUGGGAGAGUUACGGAGCGCCAAACAUCUCAUCCACCUGCACCCCCCCCCCUCUCCUCCACCUCCUGUAUUCCUCUUGUUCUCUGUGGCCUAAUAUGGAGCAUGAGAAAAUUAAGUCUGUGAAUUCCCACAAACUCUUGCUAACGUCGACUUCCUGGAUACUCCAAUUUCACAGGAACUGGGACUGCUAUGAAAGUAUGCUAAUGACUGAGCUGAAGAAAGCUGGCAGAUGGAGUACAUGAGAGACCGAAAUUGAAAGAAGGAAGCAAAGGAAAGUUGGACUGAGAUGUGUAAUAAAGCUUUCUGCGUAAAAAAAAAAAAAAAAAUGCCAUUUUACCCAUGAACACGCUUUGGCCAUGAAAUAAUGACUCAUUCUCAUUUCAGGAUGAUUUUAUUUGUUUUUCCUUUUUGUUUAUGCUUUUUUUUAAAGCAGAAUUGUGAUAACACUGAGACCAAUAUUGCUGCCUAAUGAAAAGUGAUUCCUUUAUUUCUUUAUUUUUAUUGGUUUUAUAAGUCAAAGCUUAUGGAUCGUAUUGAUGUACAACGGACCAUAGCCAUUACUGAAGCCUUGCAUCUUGGAGGGGGGCCGGGCGGGGGAGGAGGGGGGGGGUAAAAGUAGCCCGUUUGUCUGUUAAAGGUUCUCAAAGAUGCCGUCGCGUAACGACUACGUUUCCUCCUCUCCCUCCUCUGUUGUUUUGUGUGUCUCAGCCUUGCUGGGAAUGACAGCCAAUUACCGAGUCGAAUCUCGCAUAGGUGCGAAGAAACCAAAGGUGAGGAGAGAGGAGAGGAGGGAAGAGGGGAGGAGAGGAGAGCAAAGGAGGAGGGGAGGGGAGAGGAGGAGUGAGUCUGCUGCAGGUCGUUGCCAGGGACCGUGCUGUGUGAGCGACGAGCACUUUGGAAACCUGAACUCAGACAGAUGCUUAGUAGUCGUGGAACUGCCGGUCACCAUGGCAAUAGUGAGCUCUUAAUGCAGUGGGUGGCAUUUUCACAGGUCUUGUUAUUUCGGACCAAGAGCUGCAUUGUAAAAGCGGCGGUCUCAAACAAGCCCUCCCUCCCCGCAAAAAGGGCUCACGCGGCGCCGGUGACCUGCGGCUCAUUAGUCUGACCGGUGUCACCCUGAAGAGUAGCAGUGCCUCUACGUACUGGGAUCAUAGUUAAAACAAUUAUUGACAGAUAUUACGUCUGCAUUAUUCUACAGUUAUUUCUCUGACUACUUUGUGUGUGUGUGUGUGUGUGUGUGUGUGUGUGUGUGUGUGUGUGUGUGUGUGUGUGUGUGUGUGUGUGUGUGUGUGUGUGUGUGUGUGUGUGUGUGUGUGUGUGUGUGUGUGUGUGUGUGUGUGUAAAUAGUAUGUACAGUAUGCCUUUGUAAAAAGUUUGCCUGAAUGAGAGAGGAUGCCUGAUUAUUUUUUUCUGAGUUUUGUGAAUGACAGGUUCCACGACCAAUUAUGUUGCCAUUUUUUUUUGCGUGGUUAUGGAGAUGUGGUGGGGGGGUGGGGGGGGGGACAAUAAUGUCCCUCCAACUGCACGUCACAGCAGUGUGACCGUUGCAAUGAUGCAAGCCAGUAAUUCUCCCCUCGGCUCUUUCCUUCGACAUUUUCCUCCCCCUCCUUCCUGUGACGUAGUUGCGCAUGACGUUUGUGUCACCAGGAAUGAUGCAAAUCCUAAUUUCUACUUUGAAAAAUCUGCGCGUGUGACACGUCUUUACAAGUAACGGCAAAUUCCACAAGCAGGGUUGGGUUACCGAUUGCACCAUGUUUUUACACAAUCAGUUAUUUUGAACUUUUUUUUAUUUCUCAGGGGCUUUUUUGUUCAAACAAAAAUACAAAAGUUUCCCCAUUCUCUUAGCGCUGAUCCCAACCUAAUCGCUUUUUGAAUGUAUUUUCCCACCUCCUGCUCUGUCGUUUUUUCCCGUUGAAACGACAAACAGAAAGUAGACUAACUUGGGACAUCGACACUCUGUACAUUAUUCUGUAAUUCCCCAUUCAAACCUUUGGGGUGUCCACUGAGGGCAAAAAACACAUCUAAUAUUAAAUUUACAUUUAUUGUUAUUGUUAUGGCAUUAAUAUGAGAUCUAAACAUCCCAAAAAAUCAUGUAAAAUAUUACGCUCUGACGUCUCCCAAUUGAUUGAUGUAGGAAGCAGGAUCAGGAUGAUUUAUUAAGUAAAGUGCUCUGAUUAUAGGUUGUAUAAGAUGUAUUAAUUCGGGAAUGGCAACAAUUAAACUUGGUCUGUACUCAGGCAAAGAUGGUUUGUUGGAGAAAAGAAAUGCAACUCCAUAACUGCAAAUAGACUGUGUGGGUUGUAGUUCAACAAAACAAAAUGGUCCGUCUGUAGGGAAUCUAAUAUGAUUGCACACGGUUCAUAUCAACCUUUCCAUGAGAAUAUUUCAAAAUGAUUCUUUUAAUAGUUCUGCAUCAGGACUUCAAGCAUUUGAGCGGGUUGCUUGGUAAGCGGGUCGUAAAGUAAUUAAGCUUCAAUUGUUAUUUCAAUGUGCCGGAUUCAUUUAAUCAACAUUUCAUAACUUGUCAUAUUACUACCAUUUUAUGUGUGAAGUGUUUUCUUCCAUCUCAGCUAACAAAUGGUGAUAGUUCUUUGAGUUUUAGUUCAUUAUAACUCAACUGAAAAAAGGUUUAAUAAGGGAUUCAAAAAGGAUUCAGUUUUUAUUUGUUGAUUUCAUACUGAAUUCAUAUUCAAUGAAUUGUUAUCAAACCCCCAAAAAUAGAGCAAUAAAAGGGAAUGCCAAGAAGAAGACGCUGGAGAAGAGAAUGCAAAAGUUACACGUGUCACGCUUUGAAUUCAAAUGAAUGUAGUCCAAGUCCGGUGUCAUCCAGGGAGGCGAAGGGAGGAUGCAAGCUGCCUUGGAAAAAAGGAUAAAUAGUUGCAUCCUGCAGUUAACAAGACGUUUGUGUUAUUUUUUGGUCUAAGGAAAGAAGAAACUAACAAUUUAGCCGCCUACAAGACUCAACUAAUCACCCUACAUCCUCGGUGUCUCUCCUUUAGUUCAGCUCCUUUCGAAUCAGUCAUGAUUCAUGAGGGGAAGGGGAGGAAUGGAGGAAGGAGGGGUGUAAGGAAUUGGGAUGCAUCCAGUGUCAAUAUGCUGUUUUUUCUUAUGUUGCCUUCAAAGUAACGCAAAUAAUCGCCCUUUUUUUGUUUUGUAGUAACUUCCAUUUCAUUGUUUCCUUGAAACGAGUGCAGCUCCAGGCUUGCUGCCCGCAACCUCUUUUUCAAAGUCACACUUGGGUUUGGGCUCCAAACCAAUAUCUGCUCCUGCAUUAGUGGUUGAAACGAGACUACAAAACCGAUUCUCCACCUUCAGAGUGAUUUAUUUUCAGCGUUGCCGUUUCAAGCGACCAUCAGUCUUGAAGCAGUCCUCAAAAAUGCCCUCAGCCCCCCCCCCCUCCCACCACCACCACCACCCACCCACCUUCUAACCCACACACCGGAACAGUGUGUGAAGGAAAAAUUAAUCCUUUCACUCAAAAUUCUUCCAGGAAUUAAUGCUGUAAAGCUAUACUCAAAUAUUUUAUGUCUUGUCACUAUGUAUAUCGGAUGUCUUAACAGCAUUUCCUUUGUGACAAUAAAGCAACCCAUGUGUCGCUAACACCAUCCUUUUUUAUCCAUCUUGCUAUUUUAUUUUUUUAAAAGAGAUGUUAAAAAGUAUGAUAGAGACUUGUUUUUUUCGGGUUGGUGUGCAGUCUGUCUCUGGCUCCUUAUGUAUGCAUCAUUCUGCGUUUGUUUCUUAUGAUUGCAAAAAUGAAUCAUCAAGCAACCAAUUAAAAUAUUUCAUUUUUACAGA